GCACUGUUAACUCUAAUCUCCAGUGUGACGACUCAGUGUACAGCAUUAUAGUUUUACAGGGGUCUUUACACGAAUACAAGAAGACAAAGUGUUUCUUUUUUAGCAAAUGUAGAAUUGCAGUGACUGAAAAAGGUACAUCCUCAGUGAACAAGAAAUAAAAAGAAACUAUGCCUCCUCCCGGUGUGUGUUUAAACAUUGUGAAGGAUCGUCAGAGAGAAGACGGACAGGGAACUCCAAGCAACCCAUGUAACUUUAAUGGUCAGGAUUUUCGAGUCUUGCGUGACUACUGUCUAAAUAAUAGAUGCAGGUUUGUCGAUAAAACAUUCCCACCUUUAAUUGAAUCCAUUGGACAGGAAUUACUGACUCCAGAAGAAAUGAGCAGAGUGGUAUGGAAAAGACCAGGGAACCUACACAGUGAUCCACAUUUAAUAGUGGCUGGGAUAAGCAGAUUUGAUAUUUGUCAAGGAUCUGUGGGUAACUGCUGGUUCCUGGCAGCCUUGGGUUCGUUAACAUUUCAACCAGACAUGCUGCACCAAAUUAUCCCCCAAGACCAAGGAUUUACACAGAAAUAUGCAGGGAUUUUCCAUUUUAUGUUUUGGCGGUUUGGAAAGUGGGUGGAUGUAGUGAUAGAUGACAAGCUGCCAACUCUAGAUGGGAAAUACUUGUUUGUUUACCCAAGAAACAAAAGUGAAUUCUGGCCAUCCUUGCUGGAAAAAGCAUAUGCCAAGUUGUGUGGCUCCUAUUAUAACAUGAAUUCUGGCUUAGUCAGUGAAGCAUUAAUGGACUUCACCGGAGGGGUCAAUAUCAGGUUCAAUCUAAAGGAGCCAGUGGCAGAUCUUUGGCAGAUAAUGAAAAGAGCUGAAAACCUGAAGUCCUUAAUGGCAUGUGGAACACCUCAAGGGAAAACACCACAAAACACCAUGUUGCCAAGUGGAAUAGUGGAAGGGCAUGCCUAUACAGUGACUGGUGUGGCUAAGGUGCAGUGUGAUCAACAAAUAGUGGAGUUGGUUCGAUUGUGGAAUCCAUGGGGCAAAGUGGAGUGGAAUGGUCAAUGGAGUGAUGGCUCUCCAGAGUGGAAUUACGUGGAUCCAGCUAUCGGACAUGCGCUACGCAAUAAGCGAGAAGAUGGAGAAUUUUGGAUGACCAUGAAGGACUUUAAAGCAAACUACACAGAUCUGAGUAUUUGCAAUACAUCUCCUGAUUUUCUAAAUUCAGGGACUACUUGCAUAUGGGCCAAAUCUGUCCACAGUGGCAGAUGGGUGAAAGGCACCACAGCCGGUGGCUGCUUCAACAAUAGAGAUACAUUUUGGAUGAAUCCCCAGUACCGGGUGACACUGGCUGAUUCUUCUACACAGGAAGGCCUAACAACCUGCAAUGUUGUGGUGUCUCUCAUCCAGGAACCCACAAACAGAUUCAGACAUCAAUCUGAAAAUAAAUAUAUAGGGUUUACAAUGUACAAGGUAGGCCAAUGGUUUCUUAUUAAAAGUGAUUCUGUAGAUAGUGUAUGUCUACUUAUUUUUAGUUUUGCUGGGAUUUGUAUUGUACAUUACGUUGUUAAUGUUUUGUGUGGAUUAAUUAAUUUUGUGCCUCCUUCACAUCAGGGAGUCAAUGAAAGAUUACCAGCUGAGUUCUUCAUGACUGAACAAAUUAUUGCCAAAAGUAAAAGUUUUGUAAAUGCCCGUUCAGUUACUGAGAACUUCAUGCUGCCGAAUGGGGAGUACUUAGUUGUUCCAUCCACUUACAAGAAAGAUGAAGUGGCCAGCUUUGUUUUAUCUGUCUAUUCCAAGACCAAGAACUACACAGAAGAAAUUGGCUCCAAUCUAAAUUUAAAUAUUCCAAAGCAUAUGAAUUCUCCUCUUGACGACAAUACCCAUGAGAAGAUUUUUAAAAAAUAUUCUGAUGUGGACGAAGAAGUAGAUGCUGCCCAAUUGCAGAUGUUACUUAAUGAAGCAGUUCUGGAGGGAAGGACAUCUGAAACAGGGGGGUUUGGCUUGGAUUCUUGCAAAGGAAUUAUAGCUAUAAUGGAUCUCACAACCUCUGGUAAAUUAAAUGCUGACGAAUUUUUACGUCUAUGGAAGAGGAUUACUAUCUACAGGGAAAUCUUCCGCCAAAAAGAUGUGUCACGAACUGGAUUCCUUUUCUUACAUGAGCUUCGGAAUGCAAUACAGGCCAGAGGCAUUCAAUUAAACGAUGAGCUGUUGAACCUCAUGGCUCUGAGAUAUGGAGACUCCUCCUCCAGGAUUACUUUGGAGAGCUAUCUGUGCCUCAUGCUGCGACUGGAGUGCAUGGCGAAAGUAUUCCAAAAGUUAUCAUCUGACGGAAAAGGCAUGUACCUUCAAGUGUCAGAGUGGAUGUUUCUUACCAUGUAUUCCUGAAAUACCAGAACUACCUGAAGAUGGUAUAACUGCUGAUGAGCUACAAUUUAGACUCUUCCAAACUAUGUUAAAAAAAAAAAAAGCUUUCCAGUUUAUUUGAAAUGCAUUUUGAAAUUGUAUUGGUGUGUAAUAAUAUUAUAGAACUGUAUUUUGGUAUAUAAACUGUUGCAAAGAUAUCAGUCUUAUCAAAAUCAUACUAAUCAGACAUUAUAUAUGAAACCUUUUGUUUUAUUACAAUUACUGUAGAAAUAUUUCAUAUAGGACUUGUACACCAAAACACUAGGUUUAGACAAAACUAGGGUUAGGGCCACCAUUAGCAGUCAAGAUGGUGGUGAAUUGAUUUGACAAGCAGUUUAAUUUACUUGAUGAUUUAUGUUGGGGUGGAAGUCUGCUAUCCAGAAAUGGACAUUACUCUUGAGACAGACUCUCGUGAAACAGCUGAUAAAUCUUGGAUACAGAAGGACCUGUCACUGGAUCGAAUGCUAUAUUUAUCCCUGAAUCAAAGUCUGUCAGAUGUACUAUGCUGCAUAAUUAUUAUUAUUAUUAUUAUUAUUAUUAUUAUUAGUUUAUUUAGCAGAUGCCUUUAUCCAAGGUGACUUACAGAGAUUGUGACUGAAACUGACUAUCUUAAACAAUGCUGUACAUGUCAGGAAUCAUAUGUAGUAGUUUAAUUUUGAAUGUGUGUUUAAUUACUUAUUCAAAAAUAAAAAAUACAAUUUAAAUGUAUAA